AUGGCUUAUUGUCAAGAGGAAAUCCUACCUAGUCUUAAUACUAUGGAUGCCGUUAUCAUCUAUCCCCUUUCUGAUCUUCAAGAGCUUGUCAAACAUAUCCAAAAAACAAUCACAAAACGAAAUCAUAAACUAAUUGAUUACGAUCGCUAUCGUCUUCAUCUUGCUAAAUUACAAGCUAAAACUGAAAAGACUUUGAAUGAGGAAAAAUCUUUACUUAAAGUUCAAGCACAACAUGAGAUAGCAACACAGGACUACGAAUAUCUCAAUAAUUUGCUGAAGGAGCAAUUACCUGAUUUUUUGAUCCUAUUGAAGACACUUAUGGAGUCUAUCUUUCAGAGUCUAUAUCAAUUACAGGAACAGAUAUAUAGAAUGAUAUAUGCAAGAUGUGAUGAGUUAGUUAGGGCAAAUGAAACACAUUUUGUGACAUAUGCUAUGAGUGUAGAUGAGGGAUAUCAAUGGAAAAAAUCACAAUUUGAUACGCCAACAGAAAUACAAAAUAUGGAUAUAUUUAAAUCAGGAGGAAAAUUAAGUUUACAAGAGAGGGCAUCAUUAAAGCAACAAAAAAUAUAUGGGCAGCAUCCAUCAUCUUUAAAGCCAAGUUAUGAUAUCAAACAGCCUUCUAAUAUACAACAACAAUCAGCGGUUACUCCCAUAACUGUACCAAUACCAGUAGCACAUACAUCAGUAAUAAAUAAAUCCGUUUCUUCAUCUUCUAUCCAAUAUGUAUUAGCCCUUUAUGAUUAUGAAGCACAGGCAGAAGGUGACUUAUCGUUUAAAAAGGAUGAUAAGAUUGAACUUAUUCAACGCACAUCAGAUACAAAUGAUUGGUGGACAGGUAAAUUAAAAGGUAUCAUUGGUAUAUUUCCUGGAACGUAUGUUUCUAUCAUAUAA